AUGUGGCUGCAGGUCUCCUUCACCCAGAACAGAGUCGUGGAUAUCUGGCGCGGAGACUCGACCUUCUCAGGUCACAAAACAGACACGAUGAGCGGGCUGAGGGUCUGGCGGGAUGUGACUGUCGGAUUCGAUAUCACGGGUCUGACGGAGCUCCUUAGUUGCCCUCGUCAGUUCCGUAAGGUUAACCCCUACCAAGCUAAGUUCAUCGAGCUUGUCCAUCGGGACUCUAUCGAACAGUCCCUGUCGCAGACUCCUACAACGAUGGGCGUUGGCCCUCUUCUCUCCAUCGCAUUGAGCCUAGGAUGGACAGCGGUUGUCAAUCCCGAUCGGUUCAUACUACCAGAGCUGUUCGAGGAUGAUGUUCGCAAGAACUCAACCGAGAUCAGAGCGCUCACUCGUGAGUCCUCCUGGAACAUGGGGCCUGCUGAGGCUCUGGUUGAGGUUAAGAAGCUUGAGGAAGAGGAGAAGAAGCAGCAGAAGGUUUUGGGAGAGGUUCAGUCGUACUUUCAGCAGGCGCAUGAAGUACUCCUGGUUGAUGAGGCGAAGUAUAAUAAGGAAGCUGGUACUGAUGAGGAGCCUGGUGAGGUUCUCGUUGAGGUGCCUCCUCAAGAUGCUCCUGCUAAUGGGCACGCUGUGGAAGCCGUGGAGUGGGGCCUACACUGA